AUGGCGGCGCGUCCUACUAUCCCCGGGGCGGCGAACACCCGGGCCACUGUGGCGUCGGCGGACGGCAGUUACACGUUCUCCGUGGCCGGGCGCACGGCGAUCCAGAUCGCGGUGAGUGUCGCCGGCACGGGGAGCAUCACUGCGGGCUAUACCGCGAGCGCGGGCGUGCGCGUGGUCACGCUCGACAGCUCGCCGGCGAGUCCCGUGUUCACCCAGGACGGCAACGCGGCCGCGGCCAUCGUGCACCGGGUCGUGCUGACCCAGGCGCAGGUGCCGGUGCCGGCGGCCGUGAGCACCCUGCUGCUGGCGGCCAACGCGAACCGCAAGUCGCUCAGGAUCAGCGGCACCAACGCGGGCGACAGCUUCCGGCUGGGCUACGGGACGGCGGCGACGGCGAGCAGCAGCGCGCUGUUCGGGUCGGGCGGGGUUUUCGCGGCGGAGCAAUGCGGGCCGGGCGACGGCGUGCCCACCGGGGCGAUCUACGGCUACAGCGCAGCGCGCCUUCACGGCCCAGGUCGGGGAGGGCAACUGAUGCUCGGUCGUCGAAGCCUGAUGCUGUCUGCCGCCAGCCUGAAGCUGCUCGGGGCCGAGGCGAUGGCGGCGCUGCCGCCCCCUCCGGGCCGCACGCGCUCGCAGCUGGGUGCGCGGCAGGCGCUCGUGCCGAUCGGGUUCCGCGGGCGUGGCGCCAACGGCUCUGCCGCGUACUACGAUGCCACCUCGACGACGAGCAUGGAUCAGACCGCCUGGUGGACGCCGCCAGUGGGCCAGGUCACCGCGAUCCAGCUCGUCUAUGCCGCAUGGGACAUGCCGCAGUCCGGCGAGGCGGACCGCCAGGUCACGGCCAGCCUGACCGCGGCGCUGAGCUUCCCGACCGUGCCGGCGAUCACCGUCAGCUCCAGCGCGGCCCAGGCCGGCGGGCCACCGUGGAGACGUUCCAUGGCACGCUGCUGGGGGUCAACGGGAUCAGCCAGGGUGCGGCCGUCACCAGCUCCGGCGGCGGGAUCGCGGCCGGCACCUACGUCGCCUCGGCGCCGCUGUCGUCGGCGGCGGGGCGGGCAACAACCCGGGCACCACCACGGUCAACCUGAGCGCCGCGACCACGGCGGCGACCGCGGCCGGCCAGCCCUACACCUUCACCGGCAGCAUCGUGCCGGUGACGUGGAAGGGCGACGCACGCUGACGAUCGCGCCCAGGCACGGGGACUACCGGUCCGACUUCAUCGCCUGCAGCCCGGCGGCAGGCUCGCAGUUCCUCGUGCGCAACUUCGCCAGCUUCUCCGGGGCGGGGCUGCAGCUCAUGGACUAUCCGGGCGUGCAGUCCGGCACGGCGACGCGGCUGGGCGGCGGAGUUCUCCGCGCGCGGCACAGGGCAGACCGACCAGACGCUGAAUCCUUCGAUGCUGUCCAACACCGGUGGCGGCUAUUUCUGCCCGGUGGCGAUCCUGGCACUGUCUGGCGGCACGGGGGACAACCUUCAUCAGCGUGGCACGCGGCUCGACCCACGGCGUUCGCGGCCUCCGUGCAGGAGCGGGGGCAGGCGGCGCUGGCGAUCGACAGCGGGAUCACCGACGUGUUCCUGGGCUUCGGGCGCAACGACAUCGAGAUCGGCAGGCUGCCGGCCACGGCGGUGAUGAGCGCGCUGGCCACCGACGCCGCGCCGUUCCUGGCGGCGCGGCAGCGGCGCGUGUGGGCGUGCACCGACCCGCCCACGACCUACAGCAACGACGGCUACCUGACCGCGGCGAACCAGGCGUUCCCCGUGGCGACCGCGAGCACCACGGCGACGGCGACGGCGAGCGGCGGCACGACGCUCGCGAUGGCCAGCGUCGCCAACCUCGCGGUGGGCCAGCUCGUGUGCCCGUCGGGCAGCGGCACCGGGCCGAUCUCGGCGGGCACGACGAUCAGCAGCGUGGGGACCGCCAGCAUCGUGCUGUCCCAGCCGCUUGCCGCCACGCUUGCGGCGUCGAGCCCGCUGUGUUUCGGGGCCGCCAGCGCUUCAGCCUCGCCGGUCGAGGUGCAGCGUGUCGCCAGGAACGCGAGCCUGCUCGGCAGCUACACGUCAUGCGGGUAUGCCGGCGUCGUGGACCUGAACGGCGUGGCAUCCGACGCGACCGGCCGCUGGGUGGUGCCCUCGGUCAACGGCACGGUCGUGGCGGGCACGGUUGACGGCGUGCAUCCUUCGCCGACCGUGCACCAGCUCGCGGUCGCGGCCGGGAUCGUGCCGGUGUCGAGCAUCGUUUCCUAG